GAUGUUAGGAGCACCCAGUUCGCAGUCGGAUCGCGCUGAAGCCGCAAGUCCCACGUAGCAAUUCGGGGGUGAUUCGCCGUCUUGGCCGCUAUCGCUGCCGCGAAAUCCGUAUCUGAGAUACUGCGAGCCAUCCGUUAAUCCGCGUGUGAAUCUCGCGAACGGGGCUGCCAGUGGGCCUUCGGUCGCGUGGCUGGGACGCUCGCACCCGGGACGUCGUGGUGCCCUAUCAAGGUGAUGCUAGCAAGUGUAGUGCGCUCUAUUUCGAGUGGCGAUGAGGAAACCACAAUCAGCGCGUUGCGUACCAUUCCUAGUGCGUUUCUUGUGUGCUUCUAAAAAUAGGCUCGCGUAGCCCAAGGAGUGGAGUUGAAAGUGGGAUUGGCCGGUGGUCAACGAAGUGGUGCGUUACGCAUCAGGCAUGUGGCGCGUGGGAGUGCGUGCUGACUGAACAAUGCUGCCCGGAUUCUGGUUAAGUGGAUUAUGUUGAGUGACCUGCGGGUGGAUUGAUUCACGGCGCCGCUGAGCGCUUCGGAUUUAUAGCAGCGCGGCCACAUCACAUCACGUUUGCAGACUUCAGUUCAAGAAAGCCGUACGGUAUUGUGUUCAAAACUGCAUACGACUAUUCAAAAAUUUAUCGGAACAGGAUGCUACAGGAAGUCAAUAUCUUGCGAGUGUGUACAUAUGAGUAUAGCGUCUGAGCUUCAGGACAAGAGAGGAAUUCCUCGUGUUUUAUCUAAUGAAGUAAUCAAUGGAUAUCAACGACGACGAGCUGCAUGACCCGGGAGAAGGAAGAAUGGAAAGUGUUUCUCAUGCUCUCAUUGAAUUAGUGUCAGUGCCGUAAAAGUUUCAUCAAGAUAGAAGGAUACUUCUGAAAGGACACUUUAUCGCCGCGUGAAGUGCAUCAAUUCAUACUCGUAGAUAAGAUUUUAUUUUAGAAUUUAUCAUAUCAAGUCAGUGGCAUGGUCGCUUGCCUUGAAAGUGGUGCGAACAUGUAAGGAGUGUCAUAGUGUAUACCAAAACAUAGUGGUUCGGUGAAGGUGAUGAUGUUUGAAACCCCGUGGCAAGCAGGCGACUCUGAAGACCACAUUUCGAACUCCAAGAAAUUUAGCUAAAAAUUCACUUUCCUAUGUUUGUUAGUUAAAAUGGAAAGGGUGGAUAGGAUUACAAGAUGUCUGUGGAGGAACGCAUCACAUUAUUUAGCCGUUUAUAUAAUUUUAGCUGUUGCCGUGGGAAGAACUGGAUGCGACGAUUCACAGGAUUUUCAGAAAAACAUUCCAGUACGGGUUGUAUGGACAGCAUUAGGUCGAAAUGCGGAUUUACCUUGCGACCUAACCCCGCCAACACCGCACGACUCAGUGAAGCUUCUCCUCUGGUUCAAGGAUACUACAGGCAUCCCGUUGUACAGUUUGGACUCGAGGAAAGGAGACAUCAAACUCGCCACACACUCUGCUAUAGCUAGCGACUUGGGUCAGCGGUUGUUCUUCUCCAUUUCGGAUAAUCCAAAGGAUUCACGUCUUCAGAUCCGAAACGUCAAGACAGCCGAUGGUGGGGUCUAUCGAUGUAGAGUAGAUUUUUUUAAUUCGCCAACUCGAAACUUUAGGAUAAAUUUAACUUUAGUAGUUCCUCCGGAGGAGCCUCGGAUAUUCGACGCUCAAGGCAAGGAGAUAUCGGCCGUAGCGGGGCCAUUUCGUGAAGGAUACGAGCUGUUCUUAUCCUGCCAGGUCAAUGGAGGACGGCCCCUUCCGAAGGUGACGUGGUGGCGAGAUGGAGUUGAGAUCUUCGGGAAAAGCCAGCACUCAAUAGACGAGGGUGUCGCGGCCGUCGUGAGUCCUCUCUUCAUUGGCACCGUGACACGUGAAUUUUUCGGCUCCAAGCUGGAAUGCAGAGCUCAGGGAUCAAAAUUAAUUCCGGCUGUUACUAAGACGGUCACGUUACAAGUUCACUUGAAGCCUCUCCGAGCAAAAAUCGUUACAGCAAAUGACCUGUUAACAGCCGGACAAGCAGUUCCGGUUCGAUGUGAAACGUGGGGUUCGUAUCCGCCUGCCAAAGUGCUCUGGCUGUUGGAUGGAGAGGCUGUCCGAAAUCCGGAUGUAACCGUAUACACCAAUAAAGAGGAUUCCAACAUAACAGUGAGCAUCCUAACACUUAGGGUAACAUCCGAGAAUGAUGGAGCAGAACUCACAUGUCGAGCCUCAAAUCCGUGGUUCUCGGGGGAGUUUGUCGAAGACACCAGAGUUAUUAGUGUAGCAUAUCCACCGACUGUGUCAGUGCAUUUGGCGAACGAGGAUCCGAGCCGCGUGGUGACCAGAGCUGAAGGGCAAAACGUGACGCUAAAGUGCAGGGCGGAUGCCAGACCACCCGUAACAUCAUUCUCGUGGUUCAAAAAUGGAAUGCGGAUGUCUGGUGAGAACAUAGAGACUCUGCAACUAACUUUUUUGGAACGGGAGAGUGCAGGGUCAUACGCCUGCGGCGCAAUGAACACGGAGGGCGAGACAAGGAGCUCCGGACUAACACUCAAAGUGCAGUAUGCUCCGCGAUGCAAGCCUGGAACAGAGCAGACCUCCGUCGGCGCCGUAGAUUCUAGCACGAUUUCGGUAAGGUGCGAAGUGGACGCGGAUCCUCCAGAUUCAGUGCGAUUUAGCUGGACCUACAAUAACACUAGGAAUGUAUCACCGGUAUUAAACUCACGAGUGCAGUCAGAAGGCCUAGUCAGCACCAUGACAUAUCUCCCGCCUACAGACUCCGAAUUCAUCACCCUUGCCUGUUGGGCGAGUAAUAGCGUUGGUCGUCAAACAACCCCGUGUUUAGUCCAUGUUCUGCCUGCCAAGAUACCGGAAGCGCCGAAAUCCUGUGAACUACACAAUGACACGAUUCUGGAAGUGAUUUGCAUCCCGGGCAAUGAUGGUGGUCUUAUUCAGCAUUUCCUAUUAGAAGCAAUCGGUACGGCCGUCACAGAUAGUACGGAAAGCAUGAGAAACAGGAUUCAGGAGUUGGACAGUGAAAACGAGCUAUCCACUAUGAAUGAUCAGGCCACCUCGGCACCUUUGCAUAGGAUACAGGAAGCACAGCCACAGUUUCGGCUGAAUAACUUGGAGCCGGGCCGGGAAUAUCAAUUGUUCGUCUACGCUAUCAAUGCUAAAGGAAGGAGCAAUCCACCGGUUGUGCUAGACAAAGUGCGCGUGUCUCCACAUUUGGGACCAUAUGAUGAAACCAUUUUAUCGGAGGACCCGACACCAGCUGAAACAACGCAUCAGAGCAAUGAGAAACAAUCAACGAUGGUCAUUCUGGCAGCUGUAAUAGCCGGCGCUGCCGUAAUCGUAACGUCAAUUAUAGUGGCCGGCGUGGUAGUCGUUUGCAAGCAACGGCCUAAGCCACCUGAACCCCAGGAAGUCAGAAAGAGAAUGAGGCCUGCGCGAAAGGACGUACCAUCUAUGUACAUAGAAGAAGACGGGUUCAAUGACGAAGACCUUGGACGGCCAGCUGAAAUCCGGCACCACAGUCGUGCUUCAACGGGUCCACGCAAUACUCGAUAUGUAUCGGAAGGAUUCGUUCAGUAUUCACAGCCUAGUCUAAGUGUGUAUGUUACAGAUCCCGACCUGAUAUUGCCCAGAGGUGACGAGUUCACCAGCCCAACGGUAACUAGCGGAGGAGCUUAAGAGGAUAAUUAAACGUUAGGACUAAUUUCUAAUUGCUAAGUGCAUUGUUUGUACUUUUCUCUCAGAAGAGCCUAGACCGUAACCAAAAUAGGAUUAAAUCCAAAAUCCGACUUGAGUCAAUAAUUUUCCAACUAAAUUCUCGAAUGAGGAUACUACCAGGAAGGACGAAAGCUGCGGAGCAAAACUUUUUGAUUCAGCUCUACGUGCGUGCACCUAUACAUACAAAAGCCGGAGAGAACAAUGUUGUAAAUCAAAUAAUUCUAGCCAGUAGGUAGUGUCUAAGCGAAGUAAUGAAAUUAAUUGAAGAAAUAAAAUGCAACAAAUAAAGGAAUAGAAAGCAUUGUGAGAGACGUAAAAGUAAUUUUUUAUUCACGUUUUGAAGUGUGUUUCUAAUAACAUAGCGUUCUGUUACAUUUUAUUGUGUGUUGAUAAGAAAUAAAAGAAAUAAAAUGAGUACGCAUAAGA